AUGGAGGAAGGCCAAGGCAGCAACAAACACAAAGUGAUAAUCGCUCCUAUACUUGAAGCUGAAACUGAAAGGGAAAAGUUGGGAAAUGAAUUCAGUGCAAUUGUUGUAGAGGAAGAUGUUGUCGUCAGAAUGGGUCACAAAGAGAUUUUGACAUUAAAUGGGGCGAAAACUUGUGAUACUGUGGGAAAUGGUCGAGAAGCCACGACCCUUCAUCUCAAUGGCAAAAGAUUUGACAUCAUUCUCAUGGAUUUGGACAUGCCUGAUGAUGAUGGAUUUAACACAAUAGAUACACUUCGUUCAUUGGGCGUUCGCAGCUUGAUUUUAAGUGUGUCGGGACCAUGCUGUCCAGAAAUUUUUCCUAGAUUAUUCAAGGAAGUGCCGAUAGAUGGCCACUUAAUCAAACCCUUGACUGUUCAGAUGCUUGGAGAAGCUCUUCAAAAGUUCAAAUCAUGA